AUGUGGCGAUAUUUCACGUCUAAAGGAACCAAUAAAUAUAUCGAUGCGCUGCCCAAACUUAUUUCUAGUUACAACAAUUCAAAACACAGAUCUAUUGGCACAGCGCCUACACUCGUUACAAAAGAAAACGAACAUGACUUAUGGCAAACUCUAUACGGAAACAAGCAACGAGCCAAGAAACAAGGUUUAAGUUUAAAACCGGUGAUCAAGUUCGUAUUAGUAGAUGUAAAAUGCCUUUUAGGUUAUCUAGCGAACAGGACGGAAGAAAUAUUUACAAUAUCCAAUCGUAAAGGAACGCCUGCUCCAACGUAUAAAGUAAAAGACUGGAAUGGAGAAGAAAUCGAUGGUACAUUCUAUGAGAAAGAGUUACAAAAAGUUUCUAAAACCGAUAAAGAUACCUAUCGCGUGGAAAAGGUCUUACGAAAGCGAAAACGCAAUGGUAAAACGGAGUACUUUGUUAAAUGGUUAGGCUACCCUUCAAAAUUCAACAGUUGGGUACAGAAUCUAGUCAGAUAA